ACCGGACUAUAGGCCUUUCUUUCGCUCUCCUCCAAACUCCUCUCCUCCCCUCCCCCAGCCGCCCGGCGGAAACCCUAGCGAGCGAACCACCGGAGCAGCGGCGCUUGGGCGGCGGGAGCCAUGGCGGACGACGAUUACAACGAAAUGGACAUGGGGUACGAGGAUGAGCCCCCAGAACCUGAGGUUGAGGAAGGGGCUGAGGAAGAGCUUGAGAACAACAAUGAGGAUACCCCUGAUGACGUUGUAGAUGCAGAGGGUGAAGAGAAGGAACAGGAAAAGGCCAAGCGUGAGCGCAAAACGUCAAAGUAUAUGACGAAGUAUGAGCGUGCACGCAUCCUGGGUACGCGUGCUUUGCAGAUAAGCAUGAAUGCUCCAGUCAUGGUUGAGCUUGAGGGAGAAACUGAUCCUCUGGAGAUUGCGAUGAAGGAGCUGAGAGCGCGCAAGAUCCCCUUCACAAUCAGGCGGUAUUUACCUGAUGGAAGCUAUGAGGAUUGGGGUGUUGAUGAGCUCAUCGUGGAGGAUUCGUGGAAACGCCAGGUUGGUGGGGACUGAAGCUACUGAGCUACUCGGCAUGAAAGGCCUUUGUGGUGCAGCUGGACUUCCCUGUAGUUAUAGUGGUCUAUGCUACUCCUACAUAAGUGGAUGCUGUAUUGGAUGAACUGAGACGUGAUGAACUGAUGAUGCUAUGUAACCUUAACGUCUGUGGUCGCCUUACCCUCUGGAACUGUUACCCACUAGCUUGGUUGCACUUCGUGUGUUUCAGUUUCAUACACGCAGUUGCAUCGCACUUGUGUUUCACCUUGUGAAGUUGAACAUCCCUAAGGAUUUGUUUGCCUAGUCCAUUAUCGGAUGUGGUCAAGUUGUUUCGGCAA